AUGACUACGAAGGCCGUACACAUCGAGCUGGUCAGCGAUCUUAGUACCGAAGGAUUCAUUGCGGCAUUAAGACGUUUCUGUGCACGACGGGGAAAGCCAAUCAGUAUCUACUGUGAUAAUGCGACAAACUUUACCGGAGCUGAGAGAGAACUACAAUCACUUUUAAAACAGUUCCUUAAUCAACAACAGCGAGAGAAGAUUGCGAAACAUUGUGCGGAAACCUCCAUUCGAUUCCAAUUCAUUCCUGCUCGUGCACCUACUUUCGGUGGCCUUUGGGAGGCCGCUGUUAAAGCAUUGAAAUACCAUCUUCGUCGUGUCGUCGGUUUUGAACCAAUAACGCUUGAAGUCAUGCAAACGGUUCUCUGUCAGAUUGAGAGCUGCCUCAAUUCACGACCCUUAACAGCCAUAUCCGAGGACCCCAGCGACUUGGGUGCCCUAACCCCGGGACAUUUUCUGGUCGGAUCAGCACUCCAAUCAAUCCCGGAGCCCGACCUUGCCGAUGUUCCCUGUAAUAAACUUUCAUUGUGGCAAACAAUUCAACGGAAGUCUCAGCAGUUUUGGAAGCUGUGGUCAACUGAUUAUUUCAUCAACUACAGCAACGCACAAAGAAUUUCUACCAGCAUCCAAACGUGCUUGUUGGAAAGCUUGUGCUAUUGA